GAGAGAGAGAGAGAGAGAGAGAGAGAGAGAGAGAGAGGCGACGCGACCUCCUGCACAAAACUUCCGAGAGCGCGCAACUUAUCCUCCUGCAAGAUGCACUCGGACUCCAGCUCGAGCAGCAGAGCCUCGUCCCCGGACAUGGACGGCAUGUUCCUGCAGCACCACCACCACCACCUCAUGGGCUCCGUUUCCUCGUCCACGCAGAGCAGCGAGCUACGGCACAAGCUGGCCGAGAUGGAGCAGCACCUGUCCUCGCGCUCCGGCGACGCGGCCGCCAAGCUGCUGGCGAGCAGCAAGUACAAGCUGAAGAAGCAGGUGACGGAGCAGGAGAUCCAGCAGCUCCGCCUUAAGAUCAACGGGCGCGAGAGGAAGCGCAUGCACGACCUCAACCUGGCCAUGGACGGCCUGCGCGAGGUGAUGCCCUACGCGCACGGGCCCUCGGUGCGCAAGCUGUCCAAGAUCGCCACGCUGCUGCUGGCGCGGAACUACAUCCUGAUGCUCAACAGCUCCCUGGACGAGAUGAAGCGGCUCGUUGGGGAGAUUUACGGCGGGCAUCACUCGGCCUUCCACUGCGGGACCGUGACGCACGCGCCCCCCGGCGGCGGUGUGGGACACCCGGGCAGCGGCGGCCCUGCGCACCCGGUGGUGCAUCACCCGCUCCUCGGGGGCGCGCUGUCCUCCAGCACGACGUCCACCUUGUCGGGCGCGCUGCCGGGGCUCACGUCGAUCCGGACGCCCCACUCCCUGAUGAAGAGCGGCCCCGCACCCCCGGCUCUGCAACUGGGCACGGGCUUCCAACACUGGGCCGGGCUACCCUGUCCGUGCCCCAUCUGCCAAGUGCCUCCCCCGCCUCCACCCCCUCACCUCCCCAUCCCCUCCGCCGGGCUCACGAGACUCUCCGGCGGGGACGGCAAAGACGAGCGGAUGAAGUGACUGCAGCGGCGGUGCUGAGGCUGAGGGAUGCUGAGUGUAAAUAGUGUAAACAGAGAGUAGUGGGCAUGACGACAGCUACAUAUGGCCUUACCGGUGCAUGCGUUGUUUUGUCUGUAUUACUAUUAUUAUUUGGCGUAUAUAUGACAAAAGUUGAUUUUACCUCCUUGUAGCAAGGACUUCAAAAAAAGACAAUGUUCAUUUCCAAGUGGAUGUAAAUAUUUGUGUCUUGCAACAGCGCUUGACAUUUUAUUUCGCCUACAGGCUCAGCUCAGUCAGCUGAAUAAAACCCGCAUGGAUAUGAGUUAGAAUUAUUAUCUUUUGUAUUCUCGUCAGAUUGAAUACUCUCGUGCCUUGUACCAAGGAGUUCAGACGGUGUGUGAGCAGCAUCACAUCAUUAUGAGCAUCAUCACAUUAUUAUUAUUAUUAUUAUUAUUAUUAUUAUGUGGAGACCAGUCACGCAUCCGCUCAACACUGAUUACAGAACAUGAGGUGUAUGCUUUAAAUAUAGUGCAAUGUUAUUAUAUCUGUACUAUCAAUGUCGACAUUAUUGAUUAUUAAUAAUGAUUAAUAUCGUAGUGAUGACGAUAAAAUCUCUUACAAAACAGCAUGAUAGUGUUUCUGUUUUCUUGUUUUUGUCGAGCAGAACUUGUUGUGUACAGGGACCCGGUACUCGUGUCUAUAUUUUUGUACAUUGUUGAUUGAUUCAAAUAUUUAUUAUCUCCCAGCAUGGAAGGAGUUUCAAUAAAACAGAAAUAAUCCUACACA